AUGUCGCCUGCGCCUCACUGUCGCCCAUGGAUCCAAGGUGCACCUACUCGUCCUCAGCGUAUGGAUCUCCACCGCUCACCGCCCACGACGCUCAUGCCCGCCUUGAUACCCGAUGUACGUCCUAACCCUGUACCACCCCCCAGCAACACGGCCGCGGAUGUCUCCAUGAGCCCCCCGUCGCUUCUAUCCAGUGUGAGCACCACAGGCUCUGAAUUGCAAGAUACGCCUUCGCCUCAUGUAAAGAGCAACGAACUACGUGAGAAGUUGGAUCGUCUGCAAUUGGAGCUCCAAGCAGAAAUGGAGCAGCACUUACUGACAACCCCUAUUCUCCCAGUCGGUGUCUCUUCGAAUGAUACCCUCAGAUCACGACACAAAACAUUUUCACGGCCUUACAUACCUGCUUCUUAUGCGAAUGCUUUGCCACCAUUGCAAAGUGUCACGGCAGAACGACGACCUCACAUUUAUCAUACGGAUCAGCUGUACAGUGCUGAUGCAUUGCAGGGCGAAUGCCCGGUUCUUUGUAAGAAUUCAUCUGACGAACGCGAUCGUAUAUAA